AACCAGUAAGAAACGACAGGUAUCUGGGAGUUCGCUAACAUGUCGAGGAGAAGAUUUGAUUGCCGAAGUAUCUCAGGCUUGCUAACUACUGUGCCACAAACUCCAAUGAAACUGGAUAAUGUCAGUCACUUUUAUACACUUACCUCUAAAGAGCUAGGAAGAGGAAAAUUUGCUGUGGUUAGACAAUGUAUAUCAAAAUCUACUGGCCAAGAAUAUGCUGCAAAAUUUCUCAAAAAGAGAAGAAGAGGACAGGAUUGUCGAGCAGAGAUUCUGCAUGAGAUUGCUGUACUCGAAUUGGCCAAGUCUUGUCCCCGAGUGAUUACGCUUCAUGAAGUCUAUGAAAAUGCAAGUGAAAUCAUUUUGAUAUUGGAAUAUGCUGCAGGUGGGGAAAUUUUCAACCUGUGUUUACCUGAACUGGCUGAAAUGGUCUCUGAAAAUGAUAUUAUCAGACUCAUUAAGCAAAUACUUGAAGGAGUCUAUUAUCUACACCAGAAUAACAUUGUACACCUUGAUUUAAAGCCACAGAAUAUCUUACUGAGCAGUGUAUACCCUCUUGGAGACAUAAAAAUUGUGGACUUUGGAAUGUCUAGGAAAAUAGGGAAUGCAUGUGAGCUUCGGGAAAUCAUGGGGACUCCAGAAUACUUAGCUCCAGAAAUCCUGAACUAUGAUCCCAUUACCACAGCAACAGAUAUGUGGAACAUUGGUAUAAUAGCAUAUAUGCUAUUAACACAUACAUCCCCAUUUGUGGGAGAAGAUAACCAAGAAACAUAUCUCAAUAUUUCUCAAGUAAAUGUGGAUUAUUCAGAAGAAACAUUUUCAUCAGUUUCACAGCUGGCCACGGACUUUAUCCAGAGCCUUUUAGUAAAAAACCCAGAUCAAAGACCAACAGCAGAAAUCUGCCUUUCUCAUUCUUGGCUACAGCAGUGGGACUUUGGAGACUUGUUUCACCCUGAAGAAACUUCCAGUUCCUCUCAGAUUCAGGAUCAGACAGUAAGGGCUUCUGAAGACAAGACCCCUAAGGCCCCCUGUAAUGGCACUUGUGGGGAUCGAGAAGACAAAGAGAACAUCCCGGACGAUAGCAGCAUGGUGUCCAAAAGAUUUCGAUUUGAUGACUCAUUGCCCAACCCCCAUGAACUGGUUUCUGAUGUGCUCUGUUAGCACCUUCCCCUUGACUCAUGUAGAUAGAAUAUGGAACUUGAAGUCCCCUCCAGUGUGUGAUAGUGUGUAGUUUCACAUAUGGCAUGUUUAUAUUGUAAAUGCGUUUUUGCAUAGAAGGACUUAGGGAAAUGCUUUUAUAUUCAAUUACUGGUUUCAAACAUAAUUUCAUUUUCUAUCUUGAACUAGCAACUCUACAGAGAAGAAAUUAUUUAAAUAUAUGACAAAAAAUAAAAUUGCACAUGUGACAUGUUUAUGAAAGAAUUUAAGUUCAGAUGAAUUUAUGAAAAAAAUUUUUUUUUACAUAUCGGGGAAAAAAAGUGGUUUGAGUUCUAUAAUAGUUGAUAUAAACUGAAUAAAAUGAAGACAUUGUAAUUUAACCAUUUCACUCCCUAAAGUGAGUCCUAUUGCCAUGCCCCUCCAUGGAUGUAAUUUGUUUAGGAAAAUAGCAUCAAGUUUAGUAAGUCAAAAUACACUUGAUAUUCAAGAAACAACUUAAAGCAGAAAGUGUUUUUAAAAUCUCAAGUAUUUUGAAACUACAUAAAAUUUCUAUUAUACAAGGUCUGCUACAUGAAAGAGGCCCUGGAAUUAGAACAGAGAAAGUGUUAAAAACCUGGCCAGGUCAGAGGAUGGAAAGGGUAGCAUGUUCUCAAUUUCAAACCCCAAUGUCUUUUCCCCACUCUCAGCAUACUUUGGAUCUCAUUAGUUAUGGAAGGUGACAAAUAGACUUUCCAAAUUCCAAAUGACUUUUAGAGAGGGAAACUUUGGCAAAGCUAAAUGUACUCUACUUUCAGUCAUCCAUGCAUUUUUAUUAAUUGAAUAUUAAUGUCAAUAUUAUUGUUAUUAUUAAACGAACAUGUUGACAGACUUAGCAUUCCGAAUUUUUAUGUCCUCAAAGUUUUAGAAUAUAAACUAGUCAGAACUUUAGAAGUGUGCAUAAACAAUACCACACAGCACCAGGAGGGCUGCAAACAGGGUUGAUCAGCAGCAGCAAGGCUGGUGUGAUUAUUCAGCAUGGAGACAUCAAGCUGUUCUAGAACCCUUGGGUAAAAUUCCCAGUGAGUACUGAGCACAUUAGCAGAAGGCCAUUUUCAGAGUAGCCUGUAAAUAUGGUCUUUUACUCAGGCCAAUUCAAAAGAGCAGAGACUUUGAUCAGUGGUUCAGUGCUGAUGGGUGGGCAAUUUACCCUUGGGGAAUCUUUGAUGUAUUUCUACCUGGUGACUAUCACAGAGCCGGUUAAAUCCUAUCAAGAUCAUUGUGGCCUCAUAACCAUGUACUGUAUCAAAAACUAUUUUGAUUUAAAAAUACCUUCAUCUUCCCAUAGAUUACUUUAAAACCUUUAACUUUUUGAAAUUUUGAUUAAACCUCAAAUUCUUUAAACAGAAGGAAAAAAAUAAAUAAACUGAACUUUUAUUAGCCAUCAAGUAAAUUUAUCUGGCCAAAUGGUAAAUAUCUUUAAUAUUUUUUAGUAUAUUACUUUUAUGUGUGUGCAUAAGUGUGUAUAUAUGUAUAGAUUUAUGUAAAUUUGUAUAGUAGAUUCAAUAUAGUCUUUAAACAUUUUUCUCAUAGAGAUUCUUUGCUCUAUUAUGUUGUGCUAAACUCAGGUGCCAAAGAACACUCUCGUUAUCACAUGUAAAUAUGCACUUAAAGCUUUAAGAAGCAGUUUUUUUUGUCCAAUAAACUAGCCAUUGCAGAAGCAAUUUAAGGCACUUAUAUUUUAAA